AUGAGUCAGGAAAAAGUAGCCAAGCGAAUAUUAGAGGAAAGUGAUGGUCAGCAAGAUCCCAAAUCUUCUGGUAUUGAUCAUUCAUCGAAGAGGUUCAAACCUGCAACGCCCGAGAAUCUGCAGGAGGCAGAUGUAGGUAUAACUCAUUUUCUGUCUGAGAAACUACCUGGUUUUGGUGGCCAGAUCAAGCAAAGAUAUACGGAUUUCUUAGUGAAUGAAAUAGACAAAGAAGGCAAUGUAGUUCAUCUGGUUGACAGAGGUUUUAAUAUGCCGAAACCAAAAAAACCAUCCAAGGAGGAAGCUGCUCUGGAGCAGGAGGCAGAAGCUAAAAGAAGAAGUGAAUUUAAAGUCGAUCAUGCUUUGAGGGCUGAAUUAGUGGGACUAUUAGGGGAAGAAGAUGUUGCAAAAAUUGAGGAUGUGUAUCGUAAUGGCAAGAAGAUGGAAACUUCCAAAACUUUCGACGAAAAGGCUACCAGAACGAAAAUUCACCAACUUUUGCGUGCUGCUUUCAACAAUCAGCUUGAAUCUGUUACCUCAGACGAGAACACAUUCCAUAUCGCCCUUGCAAAUCGAAACUCAAGGGUGAAUAAGAGAGAUUUGGUUGAAAGAAAUAAAGAUCAAAAUGGUGUUGAGAAUUGGGGCUAUGGGCCAGCUCAGAACUUUAUUCAUUUUACUACGUACAAGGAGAAUAAAGAUACAAUGGAUGUUGCAAACGUUUUGUCAAAAUUUUUAAGGAUCCCUAGUCGCAUGAUAAGAUAUGCAGGCACUAAAGAUAGAAGAGCAAUUACUUGUCAAAGAAUGUGCAUUUCGAAAAUAAGUUUAGAGAGGUUAAAUGCCUUGAAUAAAGGCUUGAAGGGCAUUGUCUUAGGUGGUUACAAAUUUGAGCCUGAGAGCUUGAAUCUAGGUGAUCUUGAAGGCAAUGAAUUUACAAUUGCUAUUAGAGACGUCAAAGUUGCUUCAAAUAGUACACUUUCUUUGGAGAAAAUUCUUGAGGAAGGUUGCACAUCGCUAAGAGAGAAUGGUUUCAUUAAUUACUAUGGUAUGCAAAGAUUUGGAACGUUCAGUGUUUCAACCCAUGAAAUUGGAAAAGAGCUUUUGCUUGAGAAUUGGCAAAAUGCAGCUAAUUUGAUUCUUGCAGAACAAGAAAAUGUUUUGCCUAAGUCUGCAGAGGCAAGAAAAAUUUGGGCAGAAACAAAAGAUCCCAUCGCUGCUUUGAAAAAAAUGCCUAGGCAGUGUGUUGCAGAAUGUGCAAUUCUUAAUGCUCUCGCCGAGCUAGGAAAAGAAGAUCCGACCAACGAAGAGUACUUUUUUUGCAUAAGUAAGAUCCCAAGAAACUUACGGACCAUGUAUGCCCAUGCUUAUCAAAGUUAUGUGUGGAAUACUGUUGCCAGUAAGCGAAUUGAACUUUUUGGCCUCAAUAUUGUCGCCGGAGAUUUGAUUCUUGACGAAAGCGUUAGUGAUCCACUAUCUCAGGAAAACGAUGAAGAGGGUGAUUCUGAAAACUUCACGGAAGAUCUGAGAGAUGCUAAAUAUGUUCGUGCUCGCCCAGUAAGUCAAGAAGAAGUUGAUUCCGGCACCUAUAAAAUUGAUGACGUCGUUUUGCCAACUCCAGGUUUUGAUAUCGUUUAUCCUACUAAUGAAGUUCUUCGUCAACUUUAUAUCGAUACUUUAGCUAAAGAUGGUAUGGACCCCUUUGAUAUGAGGAGGAAAUCGCGUGACUUUUCUUUAGCUGGUUCUUAUAGGAAUGUGAUUCAUAAACCUAAGGACCUGGAAUUUAAAGUUGUUCACUACACGACAGCCACUCAGCAGCUUAUUAACACCGAUCUAGAAAUACUGAACAGUCAGAGAGCCAAGGCAAAUGGGCAAAAGUAUAUGAAGGAAAAGUUAACACGCUUCCCUGAUGACAAGGGAGGUGAAAAUACUGCAGUAUUGUUGACAUUCAAGUUGGGAGUUUCGGCUUACGCAACCAUGCUGUUACGAGAAUUAAUGAAGAUAGAAACGUCUCGUCGUGGUGACAUGUGCGAAGUCAGUUUAUAG